AUGGUCAUGAGCUUUGGAAUCGACUGCGCUGGGAUCCUGAAGCUGCGGAACUCGGACAUCGAGCUGCGUAAAGGAGAGACGGACAUCGGGAGAAAGAACACGCGUGUGCGGAUGGUCUUCAGGGUCCACAUCAACCAGAGCUCAGGCCGGACCACCUCCCUCCAGGCCUCCUCCAACCCCAUCGAGUGCUAUAAGCUUCACCUUCAGCUCCUGCCUCUCCUGUCCCUGGAUUAUGGUCUGGACUAUGGUCUGGAUUAUGGUCUGAACUAUGGUCUGGAUUAUGGUCUGAACUAUGGUCUGGAUUAUGGUCUGGACUAUGGUCUGGAUUAUGGUCUGGAUUAUGGCCUGGACUAUGGUCUGGAUUUUGGUCUGGAUUAUGGUCUGGAUUAUGGUCUGGAUUAUGGCCUGGACUAUGGUCUGGAUUUUGGUCUGGAUUAUGGUCUGGACUAUGGUCUGGAUUAUGGUCUGGAUUUUGGUCUGGACUAUGGUCUGGACUAUGGUCUGGAUUAUGGUCUGGACUAUGGUCUGGAUUUUGGUCUGGAUUAUGGUCUGGACUCUGGUCUGGAUUUUGGUCUGGACUAUGGUCUGGACUAUGGUCUGGACUAUGAUCUGGAUUAUGGUCUGGAUUAUGGUCUGGAUUAUGGUCUGGACUAUGGUCUGGACUAUGGUCUGGACUAUGGUCUGGAUUAUGGUCUGAACUAUGGUCUGGAUUAUGGCCUGGACUAUGGUCUGAACUAUGGUCUGGAUUAUGGCCUGGACUAUGGUCUGGAUUAUGGUCUGGAUUAUGGUCUGGAUUAUGGUCUGGAUUAUGGUCUGGAUUAUGGUCUGGAUUAUGGUCUGGACUAUGGUCUGGACUAUGGCCUGGACUAUGGUCUGGAUUAUGGUCUGAACUAUGGUCUGGAUUAUGGCCUGGACUAUGGUCUGGAUUAUGGUCUGGAUUAUGGUCUGGACUAUGGUCUGGACUAUGGUCUGGACUAUGGUCUGGACUAUGGUCUGGACUAUGGUCUGGAUUAUGGUCUGAACUAUGGUCUGGAUUAUGGUCUGGAUUAUGGUCUGGAUUAUGGUCUGGAUUAUGGUCUGGACUAUGGUCUGGAUUAUGGUCUGGAUUAUGGUCUGGAUUAUGGUCUGGAUUAUGGUCUGGACUAUGGUCUGGACUAUGGUCUGGAUUAUGGUCUGGAUUAUGGCCUGGACUAUGGUCUGGACUAUGGUCUGGAUUAUGGUCUGAACUAUGGUCUGGAUUAUGGCCUGGACUAUGGUCUGGACUAUGGUCUGGACUAUGGUCUGGACUAUGGUCUGGAUUAUGGCCUGGACUAUGGUCUGGAUUAUGGUCUGGAUUAUGGUCUGGAUUAUGGCCUGGACUAUGGUCUGGACUAUGGUCUGGACUAUGGUCUGGAUUAUGGUCUGAACUAUGGUCUGGAUUAUGGUCUGGAUUAUGGUCUGAACUAUGGUCUGGAUUAUGGCCUGGACUAUGGUCUGGAUUAUGGUCUGGAUUAUGGUCUGGAUUAUGGCCUGGACUAUGGUCUGGACUAUGGUCUGGAUUAUGGUCUGGAUUAUGGCCUGGACUAUGGCCUGGACUAUGGUCUGAACUAUGGUCUGGAUUAUGGCCUGGACUAUGGUCUGGAUUAUGGUCUGGAUUAUGGUCUGAACUAUGGUCUGGAUUAUGGCCUGGACUAUGGUCUGGAUUAUGGUCUGGAUUAUGGUCUGGAUUAUGGCCUGGACUAUGGUCUGGACUAUGGUCUGGAUUAUGGUCUGGAUUAUGGUCUGAACUAUGGUCUGGAUUAUGGCCUGGACUAUGGUCUGGAUUAUGGUCUGGAUUAUGGCCUGGACUAUGGUCUGGAUUAUGGUCUGGACUAUGGUCUGGAUUAUGGUCUGGACUAUGGUCUGGAUUAUGGCCUGGACUAUGGUCUGGACUAUGGUCUGGACUAUGGUCUGGAUUAUGGUCUGGAUUAUGGCCUGGACUAUGGUCUGGACUAUGGUCUGGACUAUGGUCUGGACUAUGGUCUGGAUUAUGGUCUGAACUAUGGUCUGGACUAUGGUCUGGACUAUGGUCUGGACUAUGGUCUGGACUAUGGUCUGGACUAUGGUCUGGGUGCCCUGGUUCCCCUGGUGCCCGGGUCUGACCGCUCUCCUCUGGUUGCAGCUCAGAGAUCGGCUCAGGAGCUGCCGCUGGUCGAUAAGCAGAGUCUGGAGACGUGUCCCGCCUCCGGAGGACUCCCCCUGGUCCUAGAGGGACACAACUUCCAGCUCGACUCCAAGGUCAUGUUUGUGGAGAAGUCCCAAGGUGUGCCCAAGUCGUGA